ACUUGAAGAAGUUAUAAAAUUAUUCUCAAACAAAUCGUUUUUAAGUUAGUUUCCAAUAUCAAAUUCAAAACUUGACAUUGGUUGGUUGAUACCUUGCAGUUAACUUCGUUAUCGGUAGAUUUAGCUUACUUUGACCUCCACAUGACUUUGACAGUUUUGAAACAAAUUUUGUGCAGGUCGGUAGUCAGUUGCCGAUUUCUUCUUGUAUCUCGAAAUCGAAAUUUUUCUAAUAUGGCUUUGAAUAAACUUGCAAUUGAUGCUUUGGAUCUUUCCAACAAAAGGGUGCUAAUGAGGGUGGAUUUCAAUAUACCAUUGAAAGAUGGUGUUAUUACUAAUAAUCAGCGAAUUGUAGCCGCUUUGGAUUCUAUAAAAUAUGCUUUGGAGAAGAACGCUAAAAGUGUAGUUUUAAUGUCUCAUUUAGGGCGCCCCGAUGGUACCCCUAAUCCUAAAUAUACCAUGAAACCAGUUGCCGGAGAACUACAGAAGUUAUUGAAUAGGGAUAUUAUUUUCCUCAAUGACUGUGUAGGUUCAGAAGUAGAAGAAGCUUGCAAGGACCCCAAACCUGGCUCUGUUAUUCUUCUUGAAAAUUUACGUUUUCAUAUUGAAGAAGAAGACCAUUCUUGGCCAUUUUAG